AUUAUUGUGAAAUAUAAUUCUCAAACAUGAAAACUACAUUGAUUUUGGCAAUUUUGGGCUUCGUCGCCCUUACCGUUUACGCCCAAGGACCUGAACCUGAGCCUACUCGCGAGCCUGAGCCUGAGCCUGAUAAUGAAUUUGAGUGUGAUGCCUGUAUCACAUUUGCCACUGUAAUCAAGGAUUACGUCGAAGAGAAACUUCCAUUGGACGAAGUUGAAAGAGACGCAGAUGUACUAUGCAACGUUUUACCAGGUGAAUUGAGAGAUUUUUGCGAUCAUGAGUUGCUUCCAAAAACCGACCGAAUCUACGAAGAGCUACACAAAUAUUCACCUGAUGAUGUAUGCGAACACUUAGAAUUUUGUGGUAAACCAUAA